AUUCUUUUGCACAUGGAUAUACAGUUUUCCCAACAGUCUCUAUUGAAGAGAUAGAUUUUCUCAUAUCCACCCAUCUCUGGGGGUCACCUCUGGGGAGUCCCCUGUGUGGCAGCUCAUUUCUGAGGUUCAUAGACACCCACACUCACAGGGAAAUAAACAGACACCACAAGCACAGAAUCACACCAGCCUCACCUGGGAACUCAGGUAUGAGGCUUACGGACAGACCCACACACAGACGCACACUGCAGACAUGGCCAAUGACAACCCGAGGAAAACACACACACACACACACACACACACGCACACACGCACACACACAGAUACAAUCAGGAAGACCCAAAGGGGCAGCAAAUUCACAUGCGUAACUAGUAUACACACAUACAAAACCCAGAUAUACAUAGACACUCCCAUAUGGACACACAUGUCCCCGAAAACGUACGUAAUGGGCAGGGGCUUUUGAAAAAUGCGGUCACGCGGGGUGUCCAUUGUGAUCUAUCAGGGGCUCAGGCCUCUGAUUGGCGGAGAGAGGGUAUACAGCAUCCGGAUUGCUAUGGCAACGCUCCAACAGGUGAAGACCUGGACGGAGAGGGAUCUUUCUCUGCUCCAUCUUUUCCUGACAGUUUACUUAACCGGCUACUUGUGUCCUUCUCACCUAGUGAUUUACUGAUCUGUUGACCUACUAACCUUUCUAACCCUCCUCCCUCCCCUCGUGUACUUGAUCAUUCCUGGUACUGUCUCUGACUCCCUUCUACUCCUGACACACCCCCCUCCCCACCCACCCCUAUUUAAAUCCCACCCCAACCUCAGUUACCACUCCACCCCCUUUCCCACCCCCUCCCUUCCCCUCCUACCCCCACCUCCUCUCCACCUCCAUCUGCACCUCCUGUCUGGCGCCCCAGCUCCCCCUGAAAGGACUAGGACAUAAUGGUUCAGACGCUGAUUUUCUGUAUCCUCUUACUUGGGUAUCCCGGUUACCCAAACACGAAUCUUGUCCAUAUUUUGGCUGGCCAUUUCCCUUUUGGCUCUCGUGUAUUUGGGAUUCUGUGGAAGCUUACCAUUAUUACUGCCACCCUUGCAAUUUGUGCAUGUCUGGUUUACCUCUGGACAGUUGUCCUUGCUAUAGAGCCUCCAGUAUAUCAAGUUAAUUUACAGCAAAUAACUGAAAAGAUCAACACAGUGAAGAAAGAAAACAGAGAGCUGGCUGAAGCAAUAUCCAUUUGGGAACAGAAGAUCAAUGAAUCAAAGAUACGUCUUCAAGAAGCUGAGAGAAGAAGCAACAUUCACUCCGCUGAAGCUCUUAAAUUGAAAUCACAAGAUGCAAACGGUCAAUUUGAGGAUCCACAACUGAGAGCCGUGAUGUCCACUAACUGUGAACUGGAAGAAAGUAAAAAGGUCCUGGAGGACAAGUGUAAUGCAUUGAGGUCUGGGAAAGCAGUCGAGGAAGCCAAAGUCAGACAGUUGAAGGAGAAAGCAGGCAUCCUGGAAGAAUUCUAUGAAGAAAGAAAAGUGGCUAUAGAAAAAAAGCUGGAUACGAUGAACUGUGAACUAGCUGCAGUGAAGAAUGAGAUGGCAACUGCAGAAGAAAAUCUGAAAAUAGCUACAGAGGAAAUACACAAGUGGAAGCAACAAAUUGAACAAAGACGAGAACAGCUGCGACAGAAAGAGCUCACCUUCAGACGGCAGAUCGCAGUUUAUGAGAAGAAUGCUCAGCGCAACUGGAUCAAGACUCAGAUCUGGGAGAGGGAGAUGGCGGAGGAGAGGAGGGAGGCGGCCCGCUUGAAACACAGACUGGACAUGAUGGAAGGAAAGAGGCUGCUUGACGGAUACAUGAGGCAGAAACCAAUGCCUGGAAGACCACAGACCCAGAACCCUCCAAGGAGAGAGCCUUUAGCCGAUCCAGAAGCUGGUGUCGCUCCAGUAAGUCACAACAACAAACACUCUACCAAAAAUGCAGAAAAGGACAAGGGCAGCGUGGAUCCAUGGGGACCUCCUCUGUUAACUGGAAGAUUCUGCACACCCUACCCUAGAGGUCCCCCCAUGGGCUAUAGGGCAUGUCCACCUCCUGAACCUUGGUGGCCCUGGGGACCACCCCGGACCUCUCUACCUACACCGCGUGGCCAUUACGGAUGCAAGAGGGCCUGGUCCUUUCCCAGGAUGGCCUUGCAGGCCCUACCACAUGGACCACCCUUCAUCACCAGCCAAUGGCUGGGGGCCACCUCCCCCUCCUCCACCAGCUCCUCCACCUACUCCAUUUGGACAACCUGAAGUUUGAAGAGGACCCUAAACUGUGACCAAUAGGCUGUGGCGAUGUGAUAUAUUUAGAAAAGUUGUCUGAUACGCGUAUUUGAAUGAAUCCUUUCCCUGACCAUUCCUGUCCCCUCCAUUUUAUCUGUCCUCGUUUCCUGUAAUAAACCCAUCAUAGUUCUG